CGGGGCGUGGACACCAUGCUGUCCAGGCUCUUCAGCAUGCGCGUCUGGGCGCCCGUGGGCGUCCUCACCUCGCUGGCCUAUUGCCUUCACCAGCGCAAGGUGGCCCUGGCCGAGCUGCGUGCUGACCGAGGGCCGCCGGCCACCGACCCCAAGCAGCUGCAGCUGAAGAUGGUGCAGGUGGUGUUCCGUCACGGGGCGCGGACGCCCCUCAAGCAGCUCCCGCAGGCCGAGCAGGUAGAGUGGAAUCCCACCCUGUUGGAGAUCCCCGCCAAAACUCUGUUUGAUUACGUAGUAACUAAUCUUGCUGGUGGACCCAGACCUCCCUCUCCCUAUGACAGUGAAUACCAACAGACCAAGCUGAAGGGUGGCGUGUUUGCAGGACAACUGACCAAAGUGGGAAUGCAGCAAAUGUUUGCCCUGGGAGAGAGGCUGAGAAGGAACUAUGUAGAAGACAUCCACUUCCUCUCCCCGACGUUCAAUCCGCUGGAGGUCACUGCUCGUUCUACUAACAUAUUUCGGAAUCUGGAAUCAACCCGGUGUUUGCUUGCUGGACUUUUCCAACACCAGAAAGAAGGUCCAGUCACCAUCCUCACUGAUGAAGCAGACUCUGAAAUCCUGUACCCCAACUACCAAAACUGCCACUCCCUGAGACAGAUGGUCAGGGUCAGGAAGCUGUCGGCCUCUCUGCAGCCUGGGAUCUCAGAGGAUUUGAAAAAGAUACAGGAAGAGAUGGGCAUAGAUGGGAGCAAAGACGUGGACUUCUUCGUUCUGUUAGACAAUGCGUUAGCAGAGAAGGUUCACGGGCUCCCCAGUUGCCCCAUGCUAAAGAAAUUCACACAGAUGAUUGAGCAGAGAGCUGUUGACACAGCCCUUUAUAUCCUGGGGAGCAGAGACAGGGAAGGACUUCAGAUGGCAGUUGGCCUCAUACUGUACACCCUACAGAACAACAUGCUAGAAGCAGUGAACUUAUCUACUGCACCCAGAAACACCAGAAAGCUCUACCUCUAUGCCACCCAUGACGUGACCCUCAUGCCCCUCUUAAUAACACUGGGGAUUUUUGACCACAAGUGGCCCCCCUAUGCUGCAAACCUGAUCAUGGAACUCUACCAACACCAGGAGUCCAAGGAUUGGUUCGUUCGACUUUCUUACAAUGGCAAGGAACAAGUGGUGAGAGGCUGCCCAGCAGGAUUGUGUCCCCUGGCAGAGUUUCUGAAUGCGCUGUCACCUUACACUGUGAGCCCAGAAGAGUACACCAUGCUCUGCUCACAGCCAGCAAAUAUGGGCGUUGGAAAUGACAAGCGAUCAGAUGGCACACCUGUGGGAGACUAAUUUUUAAAUAAAGACCUGUUUGCAUAAA